UGUCUGCUGCAGAAAGGAUUCGGCUGCUGGACCUGAAAGAGCGCUGGGAGCGGAGCUGGGGGGCAGCAGGGAUGACUCCUGCCAAGGAAGAAGAUGUGUGCAGCCAUGUCAAAGUGGUGGUGCGAGUGCGCCCAGAGAGCCAGAAGGAAAAGCAGGGCAGCUUCAGCAGGGUGGUCCGUGUCAUCGACCAGCACGUGCUGGUCUUUGAUCCUAAGGAGGAGGAAGUCAGCUUCUUCAACAGGAGGAGAGUGACCCACCGGGAUAUUAACAAAAGGCAAAGGAAGGAUCUUAAGUUCAUGUUUGAUGCCAUUUUUGAUGACAACUCAUCCCAGUUGGAGGUUUUUGAGCAUACUACCAAAAAUCUAAUUGAUGGCUUCCUAAAUGGAUAUAACUGUACAGUGCUUGCAUAUGGUGCAACAGGAGCUGGAAAGACUCAUACAAUGUUGGGUUCUCCUGAAGACCCUGGAGUCAUGUAUUUAACCAUGAUGACACUUUAUAAACGCAUGGAUCAAAUCAAAGAUGAUAAAACAUGUGAUGUUGCUGUCUCUUAUUUAGAGGUUUACAAUGAACAGAUUCGUGAUCUGCUGGUCAACUCUGGACCUCUGGCUGUUCGUGAGGAUGGCCAGCAAGGGGUGAUAGUUCAAGGUCUGACACUGCAUCAGCCUAAAUCAGCAGAGGAAAUCCUUCAGAUGUUGGAUUAUGGGAACAAAAACAGGACCCAGCAUCCCACAGAUGUGAAUGCCUCCUCUUCCCGCUCCCAUGCUGUCUUUCAGAUUUACCUACGGCAGCAAGAUAAAACAGCCAGUAUUAAUCAGAAUAUUCGUAUUGCCAAAAUGUCUCUGAUUGACCUGGCAGGGUCUGAGCGAGCCAAAGCCACCAGUGCCAAGGGGGCUCGCUUUGUGGAGGGGACAAACAUUAACAGGUCCCUGCUUGCUCUUGGAAAUGUCAUUAAUGCACUGGCAGAUCCUAAGAGCAAGAAGCACAUUCCUUAUCGAAACAGCAAGCUGACUCGUUUGCUGAAGGAUUCUCUUGGAGGAAAUUGCAGAACAAUCAUGAUAGCUGCUAUUAGCCCAUCCUCUUUGUUUUAUGAUGAUACCUACAACACUCUGAAGUAUGCAAACCGAGCAAAGGAUAUCAAGUCUUCUUUGAAGAGCAACGUUGUGAGUUUGGACAGUCACAUAAGCCAGUAUGCUAAAAUUUGCAAUGAACAAAAGAAAGAGAUCCUAAUGUUGAAGGAGAAGCUGAGAGAAUAUGAAGAAAAGCAAGCAAGCAUUCCUGAAAAUCAUAAUACUGCAGAACUUUCAAACAACCAGCGAAUAGAAAUAGAAAGGUACAGAGAAAUACUUAAAAAUGUUUUUGCAAAUCGUGAAGAAAUCAGAAAAGAGUACCUCAAGGUGGAAAAGAAACUGAAAGAAAAUACACUGAAGAAAUAUUACCAGAAUCAAUGUCAUGAACAAAUUCAACUGAUAUGCUCUGAAGAAAGAGUAGAAAAGGCCACUUGCAAGCGGGAUCUGAGGCUUGCAGCACUGGACAGCCACUAUGUCCGCAUGCAGAAGAAGAAGGAAGAGCAGAGCAAUCUCUUUGAGGAGAACACCAAGUGGCUGCACCGUGUGGAGAAUGAAAUGCGCCUCCUGGGUCCAGAUGGGAGCAUCCCAAAAGAACUUUGUCAAGAUCUGCAGUAUUGCCAUUUAAAUCUAGAAGUUCAGGCUCUUAAAGCCCAGAUUGAACACAUGUUGGCUCUGGUGUCUCUUCAAGAUCAGUAUAACAAGCAAACAGAAAAAGUACUAAAUACUGCACUUCCAGUGCUUCGCAAGCAGCACCUGAUGCUGAAAGAAGCUGGGCUGACAAAUGACUUAAGUGAGACUGAAUAUGCAGACGUUGAGCAGCUGAUUCAGAGACAAAAAUCAGUAGCUUGGGCUGACCAGACUGAAGAAAAGGAUCAAAAUCAGAACCAUGAAGUAGAAAUGUCAGCUAUCUUUUCAUUCCCACAGCUUGUGAGCAGACCAAACACCCCAUGCAGCAGCUCUCUUGGUACACCGUCACAGGAAAUGAGUAACAGUACCCAACAGGUGUCAGCAUGCACAGAACCACCACAGAAGAGAACGAGGAGGAAGCUGAUGGACUCUCCAGUGGUAGCUCCAAGCCCUCCUGCCUCCAGCCAGUGCAGCUUGCAGCACCUGGAGGAUUCUCUGGCCAAGGAGGUGUACCCUCUGGUGGAUACUCCAGACUCCUGCAAAAAGCCAGGGCACAGCUUCUGUGCUCAGGCUGUGCUGCAGGGGCCUUUGCACCUGGCAGGCCUGGGGACAGUCAGUGCCUGCAGUGCAGGUGUGGCUGCCAGGAAGGGCAGCAUCAUGGACACCACGUGUGACGUGAUCCCAGAGAGCCCCCAAACUCUCAUGAACUCCACUAUCAUUCUCUAUGAAGGUACAGAUGAAACAGCUGAAAUGUCUGCUUACUCAUCUGUGAAGGAGUCACAGCCAUGCAGCAAUAGCAUUGUGCAAAGACUUGAUCUUUCUUCCCUAAGAAGCAAAAAUUCUGCUCCAGUAUUUGAGAAGCCCUCAUAUAUGGCAAUGACUUCAGCUGCUCAGAGAAAAAGAAAGAUACUAAGCUCCACCUCGAACGCGGUGCUGGGCAGCCUGCAGGCGCCGGUGGCUGCCAAGCGCUCUCGGCAGGACGUGCUGCUGAGCCACGCGGCCCUGAGAGUGCCCCAGGGGGCUGGAGUUAAAAUGAAGAGCAGGAAGCAAGAACAGAUUGUGCCAAGGAACUUCAUUAGAAGCCUUUCUCAAGGAAAUGUCCCACUGGAUGUUAAAUCAAAAAAUCUUUUACUUCGUGUUUCCAAGAAAAAAAAUAGGAUUUAGUUCAGAGUUCAUCCCUAUUUCAAGCGGGAUUGAUGGAUAGCAAAUGUGAAUAGGAUUAAUUGUGAUUUCCUCUUGUAAAUAGUUUUGAGAGCUUCGUGGUGGAAAUCUUACAAAAGUUAUUUUGACCCCUAAAUUAUUUUCAUUGGAGUGGCUUCCUUGUGUUAAAAUAGAUUUUCAUUUGGAAGCAAGUUAGGCAGAUGCUAAUAUUGGAACAUGUUCAUGCUUAGCAUUACAAUGCCUUAGAUGCUCUUAGAUUGUUAACAUCUAUGGGUGACCUGUGGAGUUCCAAGAGACAGAAAAAUAUUUCCAAAACUGGCAUUUUUUCCUUUUUUUUUUUGUCUUUCUGGUUUUUUGUCUGUUACUUGGUUGUAAAUGUUCCUGUUCUGUUUUUUCAAUUUAAUUCAGCUGUAAAUGUCUUUUAUUAAUGACUGCAAAUAAAAUUUAAUAUUAAGAGCAAUGUAAUGUGAA